UUAGUGUUGCCUGCUUUGAUGCUCCCGAGCGUCGGUGUCUUCUGUCUUCGUUCGGUUGCAAAAUAAGUCAAAGCAAGCCUUUAUAAUAUAACCCGACAUCAACAGCAGGAGCCUUCUUGUUUGUAUGGCAGCUGCAGUUUUCUCUGACUGGAAACCCAGCAAGCCUUAAAAAUUCCGCCUAAAAAGAAAAAGCGUUCUUGUCCCAGUUUUGGGUCUUCAUCAGCCGACGUGUGCAGCAACUACCCAGAGGAUCUAGGGGCAGCUCUUUACAGAGAGCCGUUUGACUUCAACGCCGAGCCGCCUUGGGAUCCUAGCUGAUAGCGGACGAGUUCCUCACAGGACUCCAUGUAGGUACAUUAACUCCGCACAGACGAGAGGAUGCCUCUUAUUGAAGCAAAGGAGUAAGCAGAUCUCUUUUUAGUUUGCUGUAGACCUCUAGGACCCCAGGGGCUCGACGUGGAAGCCAGGACAACCUCUUUGGGCCAGCUCUGUUCUUUAUGCCUGCCGGGUUAGAAGACAGCAGUCAAGAGGAUGAAGGAAAUCACAGAUGAGCCACAGUGUCCUGUCAGCUUACUGGAUGGAGGCACCGCCCUCUGUGACGUGAUUGAUAAUCACAUUCAAGAACAAACACUGGCUGAGAAGAAUGCUUUCUUUGUAGCUGACCUGGGGGUGAUUAUGAGGCAGCACGUUCGCUGGCGGACUCACAUGCCUCAAACUCGACCUUACUAUGCGGUCAGAUGCAACAGCAGUCCAGCGGUCAUUGAGGUUCUUGCUGCCCUUGGCUCUGGAUUCACAUGCUCCAACAAGUUCGAACUCGAGCUCGUGCAGAGCCAUGGGAUUCCCUCUGAAGACAUCAUCUACAGCGGCGUUUGCAAACAAGUCUCCCACAUAAAAUACGCAGCUAAAAACGGCGUCGACCUCCUUGUGUGUGAUAACGAAGCAGAGCUGCGCAAGAUUUCUCGCUGCCACCCUAACGCCAAGCUGCUGCUACAGGUGUCAACUGAGGCAUGUAACCCAGGCGAUGAGAUGGGCAUGCCAUUCGGCUGCUCCCUCAAAGACUGCAGACAUCUGCUGGAGAGGGCCAAGGAGCUCGGCGUGCAAGUUGUGGGAGUCAGGUCUCACGUUUCCAGCCCAUGCGAAGAUGACCAGGUUUAUGUUCAUGCAGUCUCUGAUGCCCGCUGCAUCUUUGAUAUGGCUGAAGAAAUUGGGUUCAGCAUGAGUAUCCUGGACAUUGGAGGUGGAUUCAGUGGCUCUGAGACCCAGCUGGAAAUGAUUAAAUGUGCGGUCAUGUCUGUGGUGGACCUGUACUUCCCCUCCUCCACUGGCGUUUCCAUUAUUGCAGAGCCUGGAAGCUUCUUCGUGUCUACUGCAUUCACCCUGGCUGUGAACAUCAUCUCCAAAGCGGCGGUGGCCCGUGACUGCCAGGACCAGAAAGAAAAUGAGCUGUCUGCCAAUGAAGAGCCAGCGUUCCAGUAUUACAUGAACGAGGGGGUGUACGGACCGUUUUCAAGCAAACUCUCGGAAUCCUUCAUCGCAGCUCCAUCUGUUCAUAAGAAUACUUGUCGGGACUCUCCAGUGUUCAGCAGCAGCUUGUGGGGCCCCUCUGGAGAUGAUCUGGACCUGGUGGUGGACCACUGCCUGUUACCUGAGCUCAACAUAGGGGACUGGCUACUGUUUGCACAUGCUGGAGCUUACACCCUGGGUCAGCCCCUGUUCCCUUCCACUGACUCCACACCACCUCCUGUCUACUACGUCAUCUCUUCUAGAGACUGGUUAGAAAUGCAGGACACUGGUGUAACCAGCGAGACUAUGCUGAAGAACUUCUCCUGGGUCCCAUAUUUUCUCAGCUCCUGCCAAACAGAAGCAGCUCUCUCUGUUCCAGCUUAGCAACCGUCUGACCAGGAAGGCUCUUAAGGCUCCAUCCGAAUACCCUUAAUAGCUAUAGCUGCUGCUUCUUGCUCCUGUUCCUUGGCCUUUCACGGGGUCAACAGUAAGAACAGUAACAAUUAGCUUUGGAUUGCUGUGCCGAAUUGGGACAGCCUUUAACUCCGACGUCAUUAAAUGACGGAGACACACAUGGAUGAUGAGAGUCAAAUCCAGGCCUACAGCCUUCUGAAAAUGAACUACAAAGUGUGCGC